GACUAGUAAUGGGUGUCAUUGAAAUGAUUUAAACCACAUCUCGAUAUAAUGACCCUCCAAGAACCAAGAAAACUCUAUGCUAAAUUUAUGUUUUGGCGUGUCCGCCGGAAGAUUUGAUACAAUGGUUAUCCUCAAUGCUUUAUUUUAUAAUCUUGAGUUCUUGGUUUUGCGGUUUUCUCAACGUUUUCGAAAGGCAGAAACUCAAUUAGUCACUCUUUCAGGGAUCUUUCAAAGAAAUUGAAAACAGUUCUUACAAACAUUUUGAAAACACAACAAGCAAACAAAUUAUGCGUUUACAUAAAUUCGGUUUACAUCUGAGCAUACUUAUACUGGGGACUGCAACAAAGGCAACUUCAUCUGAAAACCCUGGCCAAAAUCUCACUGAAAAAUGUCCCUAUAAGGACACCGUGGAUUUAAGCAAUAUCAAACCGUUAGAUAACGGUUCCUAUGUGUAUCAUAACACUGUUAUUGAAGAACAUAAAUUAGCUCAAUAUGAUUAUCGCUUGGCAGCUUACAAUGAGCGUAAAAACUCCGAGUUACAUUGGCGUGGAUGUGUCUGUGAUUCGACGAAGCCGUGUGUAAAAGUUUGCUGUGAAUGGGGUGAAUAUUUCGAUGAGACCUCAUAUCGGUGUGAGAAAAUUCCCGAUCAUUUGAAUGUUCCGACGGAAUUAACAAUUAUUUCAAUGGAUACCCCAGAUCGCCUCGUGAAUAUAUACGAACAUUUUACCUAUCAAGUUGGUUUGCCGUGCAAACAUCCGGAAAGUCUUACCAUGGAAGAUGAUCAAUGGCAUUUAUUGGAGGAUGGCAUCUUAUAUAUUCUCAACGAUGAUUCCUAUCAUGAUACGGUUAGCUAUUGUCUAACAGCAUAUCGUUACAAUGAUACAAAUGCCAAUGUCCUGGUGCCCAUGAGCUGUCCGAAGAAAAAUGAAAUGACUUUUGAGCUGGCCUUUCACAGUUAUGCCCCACUGGUGACGGUGGUAUUUCUAAUACCCACAGUCGGGAUCUAUCUCUGGCUAAAAGAGUUACGUGAAAAUAUGCGUGGCAAAUUGUUGAUAUGCUAUAUGAUUUCACUGAUUAUCAGUUAUUGCAUUUUGGGUUAUAUCAAUCUAUCGGAGGUGGUAUUCGAUGACAACAUGUGCUGUAUUUUGGGCUUCACGUGCUACUUCUUUUUCAUAGCUGCCUUCCUGUGGCUAAGCGUUUUGUGCUUUGAUAUUUGGAUAAAUUUCAAAGAUACCCGCUUCCCUAGUUCAAGCAAAAAUCACACACGCUUUAUAUGGUAUUCUUGUUAUGCCUGGGGCAUUGCCACCCUGCUGACCAGUAUGGCAAUGUUAUGCCAGUGGUCGGACCACAUUUCCGAGGAUUAUAAACCGGGCAUUGGUUAUGAUGUGUGUUGGUUGGACACCAACAAAUGGUCCGCAGCAAUUUAUUUCUAUUGGCCAAAUUUGAUCAUUUUGUUAUUUAGCAUUGUUACCUUUACCCACUUAACGCUGAGGAUUUAUCGCAUACGCUCCGAUAUGGCUCAAAUGACACAGAGGAAGGAGGUGUUCAAAGAAAACGCUGUUGUAAUCCUGCGAGUCUUCAUUAUCUUGGGCCUGUCUUGGAUAUUGGAUAUUCUAUCAUAUUUUUUACGCAACUAUGAAGCCUGGGAUUUUCUAUCCAUAUUAUCUGAUAUGCGUAGUGCUCUACAAGGACUGCUUAUAUUUAUUUUGUUCAUUUUGAAACAUAAUGUCUUACAGUCGAUAAGGAGGAGCAUUUUCAGACUGCGCAACACGAACAGACCAUCGAUAUUUUCAAGGCUGUCAUUUUCGAAAUCGUCUGUGACACAUGGACCACAAACCGAAAUGGAAUAUAUUGAAGUAAAUCCAAUUGAACCAAGGGUAUAAUAGUUAGAAAUUUGAAAAAAAUUUUUAAUUUUUCAUGAAGCAAAAAUAAAUUAACAGUAAUAUUCGGAUGAA